AUGGCCGGAGCCGGGGAAGACGAAGCAGCUCCUCCUCCCCAUCCCCCUUCUCUAGAUCGACAGCAGCCCAUGGAAGAGGCGGCGGCGGCGGCCAAGAGGAGAAGGUCGGAGCACUACCACGGCGUCGCCGACGGGCCGUCCUUCCGCAUGGAGGACCUUCCGGCGGAGGUUCAGCCGGUUAUAAUCUCACUGCUGCCACUGAAAGAGGCCGUGAGGACAAGCAUUGUUUCAAGAAGUUGGAGAAUGCUCUGGAGAUUCCACUGCGAUCUAUGUUUCAAUGAACGCGGUGAUGUGGAUUCUAACACCGAUGACAAUUCCGCUGAUCAGGUUAAUGGCACUGGCACCAAUGACCAAUCCACUAAUCAGUGUGGUACCAAAAUAACACGAGCAAAGUUCAUUGAGACUGUAAAUUCAGUUAUUCAACAGCAUAGUGGGGUAGGAAUCAAUAAGUUCAGCAUCAAGUGUGGCCUGCUCAUCGAGGACUCUGAACAUCUUGACAGGUGGAUUGAGUUUGCCGCUUCAUCAAAGGCAAAAACAAUGGAUUUUGAUUUGAAGAUAUUUGAUUACCCAGUUGAAGAAGUUCCCCAUUUUCCUCUUGAGGCCUUAGAUGCUCAAGGUAGCUCACUUGUGCAGUCCUUGUCUCUCGCCAGUGUUUCUAUAAAGCCAAGCUCAGGAAUAUGCCGCUUUACAAUACUCAGAAGGCUUGUUUUGAAAUCUGUUCAGAUAUUUGGAGAUUUUCCAGGCUUGCUUGCAAAUUGUUCAAGACUUGAGGACUUAGAGAUCAUCAGGUGUUCUGGUGUGGAUGACUUCAUCGUACCAAACAGACUCGAUAAACUUCAAAAUUUGCUGAUUGCUGGAACGGAUGUCCAGAUGGUUGUUAUUCAUGCAGCUGAUCUUGCUCAUUUUGAGUAUGAAGGACGACUGAUCCCUAUAGUGCUUCAUGGUUGCUCAAAAUUAGAGAAGGCAACAAUUGCGUUUGAUACCACUAAUCCUUAUGCACUGGCCCAUGCAUUCAAUAUAAUUACAAGCAUUUCCCCAGUGAAGAUAUUAAUUGUGCGAGCUAUUAUAUCAACAUAUGCACAGUCCCUGGAGCUGCCAUUAAGACCACAGGGCAUGUUUAUGCAUCUGAGGCAUAUGACUUGUCAAAUUGUCGUCUAUUGUAGAGAAUUAAAUGAAGAUAAUGGACUUCUUCAACUGGCCCAUUGGUUGGACGCUGCACCCCGACUGGAGACGUUGCACUUGCAUAUGCACUAUCUGAGUCCCGGUGCUUUCUUCAGUGCCGAGGUGGCGGGGGCGGAAGGUCCCUGUAUGUGUCGCCAUGAUCAUCUUAAGACGGUCUUCAUGGGUGGGUUUCAGUGUUACAAGUCUCAGAUUGAGCUGGCGUGCUCUAUCUUGGGAAAUGCUUUUGUACUUGAGCAGCUGACAAUCGAACCAAGGCUCACAGAAGCAAUAUGGGGUGAUAAGUCUUACCAGUGGAAUAUAGGCCUUGAAAGAAUUUUACCAAGGGUCUGUGAAUGGGCACAGCGAACCUCGAAGCGCUUUGGUAAGGUGAUCACCGUCUUAGAUGCCCCCCUUCACAGUUGGCAUCGCGACGAAUCUGCCGUUUGUUUGGGUGAAUGCCAACCGAGCCCGGUUCCAUCCUCCAGCAAAUUUUGCUGA